GCGCGAGCCCCCCGCGGCCCUCAUGUGGAGGAUGGAGCGGUAGAAAAUGGAUGGAUGGACGAUUUAUAAGUCAUAAGGCGGCCUGCAGUUCCCGCUCAAUCCACCCAGGGGCAGCACACGCACAAGUCACCGACUGUACUGAGAGGAAGCGAAUCGAAACUGCUGAAUGAGUUCACCUUCAGUUUAACUGUUCCUUCAGUGCUGUGAGUCUCCAUGAUUUCCCUCUGAGCAGCACUCGUUUUAAUCUUUACCUGGUGCAUGGACAACAUGAAUGGCUCUCUGCGCUCCACGGACAACGUGGUGGACAUGAAACUAAAGCGCGGACCGGCAGGCUUGGGCUUCAACAUAGUUGGAGGUGUGGACCAGCAGUAUGUUGUGAACGACAGUGGCAUCUAUGUGUCCAAAAUAAAAGAAGAUGGAGCUGCAGGUUUGGAUGGAAGACUGCAAGAGGGCGACAAGAUCCUGGCGAUUAAUGGAGUCCAGCUGGAGGAUCUGACACAUAAAGCUGCAGUGGAUCUGUUCAGGACGGCGGGGGAGGAUGUGGAGCUCCGUAUUCUCAAAAAGUCGCCCCUUCACAUGAACGGAACCUCAGACUCACAACCUGAACAUCACUCUCCGGUGUUUUCUCUGGGAUUACUGCUAGCUCUAGCGGGAGCCGCCGCCCUCUUUUCAUUCAUUUACACACGACACGCUAGGAAACACUUUUAGCUCCGCCAUUUACUGUCUCUGUUGUGUUUUAAGAUCAAAAACUUCGCUAAAGGCCAAAGAACCUAAAGAGAGGGGGGGGAAAAACUCUAAACAGUAGACCUUAUUUUUUUAUUAGUCAGUGUUGGCGUUGAGUUUCUCCAUUUACAUGCUCAUGUGAUUUAACGGUUGCUUCUAAUGCUCUUUCCACUAAAAUAACCUCUUAUAUGUAGCUUGGUGACGUACACAGAUAAAGAAGGAUGUACACGUGACGUCCCUGCUGCUGAGCUGAGCUCACGCAGACACUAACGGCUUCCCAAACGCAUGAGAUGUCGGCAGAAAAUUCCAACGUUGGGCCAUUCAGUAACUGAGAGUUUUAGUGAGUGGCAGAUCUGAGAUGCAGACAUGAGCUCACGUUCCUUCAGCUUUCAUGAAUUCCAUAUGACUGGGUUUUGAUUCUCAGCAGCUCAGAACGAGUUAGUGGUUGAAAAGCCUUCCGUUCAUGUGAUUAAAAUGUGUCCUGUAAUGUAACGGACAAUCAUUGAGUGCCUUUAAUCGCUCUUUGCAAGUGGUCGGUUCUUGUUGCUACGUAUCGUUGAUCACAAUGAAAAUCCAACCCUCUACAACCGUUAAUAAUUAAAUCAAGUCUCCAGCAGUCUUUUAAAAGUGUGAGCAAACGAAAAUAAGCUCCAAUCCACUCAGUUAUUCCUUCUCACUUAACUUCCUUUCCUCAGCUAUCAUUCCAUUUCUUCAACAUGUUCACAUUUAAAAAAAAAAAAAAAAAACAGGUGACAAUUGCAGUUUAAUACUGUCCUUUUCAAAAGCAGCUCAGACUCUACAGCUACACACCGUAGGUUACAGAAAACGUGAUAGUGAUUAUUUCCAGCACUAGGACUGUUUAUCCUUUAUUGACUCAAAAUACAAAUAUUGUGGCCAAAGUGUGUCUUUAUGAAGUAAUAACGUCAUCUUGUGUGGCUCAUUUUUAAUCAUGUUUGCUCAACGGUGGAACAAGAUACGUAUAUCUUAUAUUUGUUUAUAAAUUUAGUUCGUAUUUGUGAGGAAAAAAUAUAGAUAAUCGGUUGUUCACAGUAUCACCAAGUAUCACUCGUUCACUCAGGGUCAACUAUUAAAUAUAUAUAUAUAUAUGAUGGGGUGAACAGUUCACUUGCUAAUACUCGGUCAAGGGAUGCUGCCAUAUUCGUGUCACUGCUAUUUUAAAAACAUUCUCCUCAUUUUUCACAAUCAUGUACCUUCUGUUUAAUGACUUGUCUUGUGGGAAAGAAAAUGAAAAGUGAGGAAAUGAGUGUUUCUUUUGUGUGAAGGACCAACGGUGUGAUUCUCAAAAUCGGCUCCAUUUAACGGGGACCUCUCUAAGCAAACAGCAACUAUAAAUGUUAAUUGUUCUUAUUUUUGCACUAUUCAGAGUCAUUAAACAUGUUCCAGUAAAAGUUCAAGUAUGAGAUGAGGGUGUAUGAGUUGAGAUUUGUGUUGGGUUGCUCCGCAUCGGUCGACAUGUGUUUGUGUUUGACUGUUGUCGUGUUGUAAAUACAUUUCAUGUCGCUCUGCUGAUCGGGGACUGUGAAUAUGUGCAGUAUGCCAGAGGAGUAGAUCACAUGCACUACAUAAUGAUGCAAAUACUGUGUGUUUGACAUCCAGGCACCAAUUAAAAUUCAUGUUGAAUUCA